GAAAGAGUAAAAUCAGCAAUUUCAGUGAAAAUUAUACCCUUAUGCACGGAUAUUUGCUUAUCAAAAGGGGUAUUCAUGGAGUUUCCGCAAACAUAGAGGGAAGUUGAUGUAAUUUACACUUCCUUUCAUCUCACAAAACAAAACCAUACAAUUACAUAAUUACAUACAUUCUUCCAUUCAAUCACACACAGACUGGCACACACUCGCAUACAUUCUACCCUUUGAUUCUCUUUUUUAGUCCCCUCUGUCUCUCAAACAUAUACUCAUUUAUUUCAGUUUCCCCAGAGUAUAUGGUACUGAAUCUAAUGAUGAUUCCAUCAUCAUCAUCAUCAUUUAUGGCAUCAAUGUGGCAACUUUUGACGAUAUCAAUGAUUUUCAUGUCAAUCCCAUCUUUAUUAAAAGCUGCUAAUGAUGAGCCCCAAUUACCAACUUCAACCAUUUCAGCUGCUCCGGCAUUGCUGCCUGCCUUAUCUCCUUUAGCUUCACCACCAUUACCGGCCGGAACAGGUCCGGCAGCAUCCUCACCGGACAUAACUCCUCUGUUUCCUUCACCAGGGGGACCAUCUCCGAGUGAAUCCACAUUUCCCACAAUUCCUUCCAGCCCAAGCCCUCCAAACCCGGAUGCAAUUGGUGCUGCUCCAGGCCCUGGAAUGGCUUUUUCACCUGUUGGGCCGUUGCAAAUGGAGUCCUCCCCCUCCUCCUCGAAUCCGGUGUUUCAAGUUUCGAGCUUUUUGAGUUCAGCCAUUGUUUCAGCUCUGUUUGUUGUAUUAUACUGGUGAGUUUUGCAGAGCUUGGGCUAUGCAGCAACUUUAUACCAUAUAGAUUCUUCUUCUUCUUCUUCUUCUUCUUUCUUCUUCUUCUUCUUUUUCAUUUCGGUAAUGUGAUUGUGAGCCUACAUUUAUGGUACAAAAUUUCACUUCUUAUCACUGUGUAAAGUAUUCAACCCCUUGCUUUCUGUGUGUGUGUGUGUGUGUUAAUUAUAAAGCACAAUAAAUGUUAAAAGUAGGACUUUUUGGUAGUUAUUAAAUGUAUUUCUCAUUGUUUACUUACAGAAUCAAUCAUGAGGUGAUGAUUACGGAUUUUUAUUUUUAUUUUUUUGAAACGAGAUGAAGAUUGUUAUGAUUUUAGUUAUCUAAAGUGAUUAAAAAUUAAAAAGGUUGUUUCUUUA